AUGCUGGCGGCCGUGCUGUGUGUUGCGGCCUUGGGGCACCUCGUCCUAGGAGAGAACCCCCAGGUCACCACUUCCUAUGGUACCAUGAAGGGGCAGGUCCUCAAGUCUAGGGACGGCAGGGACUUCUUCUCCUUCACCAGCAUACCUUACGCCAAGCCACCUGUCGGAGAACGGAGGUUCAUGAUCUCAGAGAAAGCAGAUAACUGGACAGGGAUAUUGGACGCCACUCAACCCAUCCCCAAAUGUUUCCAGAUUAUUUCUCCCCCAUUUGGCCCUGGACCUUCGGGACAAGAAGACUGCCUCUAUCUGAAUGUCUUCACGCCAAAUGUUUCCGGAAGAUUACCAGUUAUCUUCAACAUACAUGGAGGUGCUUUCAAAGUAGGUUCUGCUGCUGAAUUAUUUGAAACCUCCAAGGCUUUCGUGGACGAAAAUGUAGUCUACGUCACACCUAACUAUCGUAUAGGAACUGUGGGAUUCCUCAGUUUGGAAGACAAUGUUAUACCAGGAAAUAUGGCUCUUAAAGACCAAGCAUUGGCUUUGGAAUGGGUACAUCAAGAAAUCAGUGCAUUUGGGGGGGACCCGAAUCUGAUAACCGUUGUAGGUGGGAGUGCUGGAGCGGUAUGUUCGCACCUUAUUUGUGAACUUCCUAGAACGAAUGAACCCCCUAGCUAUGACCCUUGUGGCUCCCGUUCUGGAGAAUGCGAAUACUCCAGGCGCAAUACUCACCAGCUGGCCCACGAAGGCAAACCACAACUACCCUCGGAUCCUCGGAGAGUUGAACAUGGCGCAGAAGGACCCUUCUUUGGUCCCGUGGUACCAAAUCCUUCAAAAGGUUGGCCUACAGCUCAAGAUGUAGAAUUAUCUAGGACGUUGGUUAAGAUGUGGGCGAACUUCGCCAGGAAUCAAUUUUUCUACUUGAUGUCUUCGCAACUCAUUCCCCUCAUCAUACAGCCCACGAUUCAUGGUAGAUUUGACAACUUCAUGAUAGAUUCGCCAAAUCUGGAAAAUAUUUGGUUGAGACAGAGCCCCCAGGUCACCACCUCCUAUGGUACCAUGAAGGGGCAGAUCCUCAAGUCUAGGGAUGGCAGGGACUUCUUCUCCUUUACCAGGAUACCUUACGGCAAGCCACCUGUCGGAGAGCGGAGGUUCAUGAUUUCAGAAAAAGCAGAAAACUGGACUGGAAUAUGGGACGCAACUCGACCCAUCCCGUCUUGUCAUCAGGCAAAAUCGUUAUUUUCUGGAUCAGGAACAUUGGGACAAGAAGAUUGCCUCUAUCUGAAUGUUUUCACGCCCAAUACGAACAGUAGAUUGCCAGUUAUCUUCAGUAUACAUGGAGGUGGAUUCAAGAUUGGUACUGCUGCUGAUUUCGGGUCAGCCAGGUAUUUCAUGGACGAAGAUGUGGUAUUUGUUGCCCCUAACUAUCGGCUUGGAACAAUGGGAUUCCUCAGUUUGGAUGACAGUGUUAUACCAGGGAAUAUGGGACUCAAGGAUCAAGCAUUGGCUUUGGAAUGGGUCCAAAAGGAAAUCAGUGCAUUUGGAGGGGAUCCGAAUAUGAUAACUGUUAUAGGCGAGAGUGCUGGUGGGGCGUCAUCAAAUCUGAUUUGCGAAGCUCCGAGAACAAAUAGUCUCAUCAAAGGCUGUGUGUCUCAGAGCGGAAACGGGUGGACACCAUGGGUAUUUUUGAAAUCAGGAGUAGCCCGACAAAUGGCCUUAAACUUCGCUAAAGCUGUGGGUUGUAAUGAAACGGGUCUACUUCAGUGUCUGCAGAAUAAACCAAUUGAGCUAGUUGGCAACGUUUCUCUACUACACGAUGAAAUAACAAGAAUAACAGAUGUAUUCCCCGUUCUGGAACCUGUGAACGCAAAUGGAGCCUUGCUGACGAGUUGGCCCACAAACGCAAACCAUAACUUUCCCUGGAUUGUCGGAGUGUGCCAGGACGAAGGAAUGAUUUACACAUUACAAUACAUGUUUGUGUACCCUUCGAUGAAGGGCUUAAAUAGACAUCCUGGGCCAACAUAUUUUUUCAAGUUCAACUACACUCGAGGGCCAUCGGUGCCCUUCGCGCACAUUGAUCAUCCAGGAGUUCCGCACGGUGCAGAACUGGCUUAUUUGUACGAGCCAACUUUUACUUCAAAAGAUUGGCCUAAGCCAGAAGAUGUAGAACUGUCCAAGCUGUUGGUCAAGAUGUGGGUGAACUUCGCCCGGAAUCAAGCUCUGAUGUUUAGUGACAAUGCUGCGGCUGUGCUGUGUGUUGCGGCAUUGGGGCACCUCGUCCUAGGAGAGAACCCCCAGGUCACCACCUCCUAUGGUACCAUGAAGGGGCAGGUCCUCAAGUCUAGGGAUGGCAGGGACUACUUCUCCUUCACUAAGAUCCCCUAUGCCAAGCCACCUGUCGGAGAGCGGAGGUUCGUGAUUUCUGAGAAAGCAGAUAACUGGACUGGGACAUUGGAUGCAACUCAACACAGCCCGUAUUGCUACCAAGGAUCUUUUUACGGAACUGGAUUUCUUGGAGAUGAAGACUGUCUUUAUUUGAAUGUUUUCACACCUAAUGUAAACGGAAGAUAUCCAGUUAUUGUUUACAUACACGGCGGCGCUUUCCAGGCAGGUUCUGCGGAUUUAUUUGGCUCAGCGAAGUAUUUCAUGGAUGAAGAGGUUGUGGUUGUUUAUAUUAAUUACCGUCUUGGAAAUUUGGGUUUCCUCAGUAUGGAAGACAAUGCUAUACCUGGAAACUACGGCAUCAAGGACCAAGCACUUGCCUUGGAAUGGGUCUACAAGGAGAUUAGUGCAUUUGGUGGGGACCCGAAUUUGAUAACCGUCAUUGGAAUCAUCAAAGGCUGCGUGUCGCAGAGCGGAGACGGAUGGGCUCCAUGGGCAAUACUGAAACGUGGUGAAGCCAGAAAAAUGGCCAUGAACUUAGUUAAGGCAGUAGGUUGUGAUGGAGCAGCUGAUAUACUUAAAUGUCUGCAGGGUAAACCGAUUGAAGUCAGCAAAAACAUUAUGACUCUGGUAUCUCCAGUUCUGGAACCAGAGACGGCUCCAGGAGCAAUACUGACAAGCUGGCCCACGAAAGCAAACCAUAACUAUCCCUGGAUCGUUGGAGUCUGUCAGGACGAAGGAUUGGUCGUAACCGGUCGAGUUGCGCAUGGCUCAGAUCUAGCUUACUUCUUUGAGUCUCCUUACGGACCUGGACCAACCUGGCCUAAACCUGCAGAUAUCGCCCUAUCUAAAAUGUUAAUCAAGAUGUGGGUCAAUUUUGCCCGCAACCAGUGA